CUCCUCCAGCCACCCUCGCGCUCCCCCCGACCGGACGCGUCUUUGGCCCCCAGUACGCGCGCAUAGCACCCCAAAGCGCACCCUUGCAUUCGCGCAGACACCCCUGUCGCGCUCCGCCCUUGUCCGCAUUACCCUCUAAUCGCUGUAGUCGGAUCCCGCGCCAAUAUGCCCCCCUCACCAAAGAAAGGCAGCAAAGCCAAGGCUCCGCCGUCUUCCGUUGCCGCCGUACCGCCAGAGACGCCCGCAGUGCGUACUCUCCAAACGCGUAGUCAGAAAGCCGGCCUUCAGUUCCCCGUAGGCCGUAUUCACAGGUACCUUAAGCAGCGCACACAGCACAACGUGCGCAUCGGCGCAAAGGCUGCCGUGUACACCUCCGCGAUCCUCGAGUACCUCACCGCAGAAGUGCUCGAACUUGCCGGUAACGCGUCCAAGGACCUGCGCGUAAAGCGCAUAACCCCGCGCCACCUUCAGCUUGCCAUUCGUGGGGACGAGGAGCUAGAUACGCUCGUGCGCGCGACGAUCGCGGGCGGAGGUGUCCUGCCUUUUAUCCACAAGAGCCUUACGCAGGGCAAGAAGAAGGGCGUCGAGGGGCAGCCACAGUGAACGCCUGUCCCGGAGGAUCGUCCGUGCUUGGUCGUUUGCUGCCGCCUUGUACUUCUUACAGCAAGGCAGGCCCGGGGCUUGUUUGUGUUCUAGUGUGUCCGUGCGUUCUUCUCUGCUGCGCGUCGAUUGUAUAGUAUGUCCUUGUAUGCUCAGUGAUAUCAUGCCCAUGAUACACGCCCGCACUCAGCGGCGGUCUUCAUCC